AUGCAAGCCGAAAAAAGAGUUCACUGAUUUAAUUAAACUCUUUUUUUCCUUUUCUGAAGAAAAUCUAGCUGCCUUUCUCUCUCUAGAGGCAAAAAUCCUCAGAUGUUACUCUCUCUCUCUCUCUCUCUCUGUAAAUCAUUACAUACACUUGGAGUGUAUGUAAAUACACCAAAAACCCUAGAGUAACUCUCCGAUCGAUCUCCAUGGCCAGCGAACAUGAAAGCCUCCGAUUAUUCAAUUAACUGAUUUCAGCUGAUUUUUCUUCCAUUUAUUUUUGUGAAGUUUCAUUGUUCGUGUUUGCUGGGAUUGGUGUGUCGGUUGUUGAAGAAAUGUAUAAGAACCAGCUACAGGAGCUGGCACAGAGGAGCUGCUUCAACUUGCCGUCCUACACAUGUAUAAGAGAAGGUCCCGAUCACGCGCCGCGGUUCAAGGCGACGGUGAACUUCAACGGCGAGAUUUUCGAGAGUCCUAACUACUGCUCCACACUUCGUCAGGCCGAGCACUCCGCCGCUGAGGUUGCACUCAAUGCACUCGCUAGUCGUGGUCCUUCUAACUCCCUCGCCGCUAGAAUUCUCGAUGAGACGGGGGUAUAUAAGAAUCUGCUACAGGAAGUUUCACAAAGAGUAGGAGCAUUAUUGCCAACAUAUACAACCUUUAGGUCCGGUGUAGGACACCUUCCCAUCUUUACCUGCACAGUAGAAUUGGCAGGCGUCACAUUUACGGGAGAGCCAGCUAAGAAUAAGAAGCAAGCUGAAAAGAAUGCAGCAAUGGCAGCCUGGUCAUCUCUGAAACUAUUGGCACAGCAGUCUGAAAGUUCAGUACCAGAUAGAGGUAAAAAUGAUGAGCAAGAGCAUGUAAUUGUGGCACGUGCUCUGAGAAAGUAUAUUUUGAAGGCAAAACUGGCUAAAGUACCAUUUCCAAUUAAAUUUCCAAUACCUAAUCCCAGACCAUCAAGUAUACAGCAGCUUCCAUCUUCGACAUCAAAAAUCCUUCCCCUAAUAUGCCCAAGAACUGCUGCUCGCACUAGACCAAUCAGUCCAUUAUGUGUAAAAACUGCUUCUCAAAGUCGACCUAUUAGUACUACAGGAAGUAAUACAUCCUUGAGUCCAAGAACAGCACAAGCAAUCAGUAGUAUUAUAAAUGAAAGCUUUUCCAUGGAGAGCCACAGUGUUCGAGCAGAUAAGUUCCCUGCCGUUGGUGCAGCGCCAUAUAUUCCUAUCAGGCAUUUUGGUCCACACCAUAGAAUGGCGCCUCCAGUGACAAUAAGGAAUGCAGUUCCUGUUUUCUCCGCACCACCACUUCCGCCACCAUCUCAAUCUCCAAGGGCAAUGAGGCCACCAGGAUUCGGAGUGGCACCACCUGUCUGUGUAAGACAGACAGUGCCAGUUUAUGCUGCUCCCCCUACACGGUCAGAGGAACUACCGGUGUUAGAUCCAGCACUUGAAGUAAGGAAACCCCCAUUUUCUAGAACUGCACCUGUUCGAGUUGAGGAACAACUGGCUCUAAAGGAACCGGAAAUUCAGGUGCAUGAUUCAUCAAUUAAAGUGGCUCCAUCACCACAAUGCCUCUCAGAGGUCCAUGUUGAGGAGCGACCAGGCUCUCGAGUCCAACCAGCUCAGCUAGAGAAGCCAACUGAUUUUAACAUUUUACCAGUUCAAGUUGAUCCAGUGGCUUCAAAGAACUCAGCAACGCCAACAGAUGUGACUGGGAUUGCAGCUGACAAGAAGCUGCAAGAGUCUGAAGAGAUAGAGAAAUUGGAACAGCUGAAGAUCUGAUGUGAUCUCGGGAAUGGGAUGUUCUAAAAUGCAGGAACGUUUGAUGUAGGCUGUUGUACUGGUGCUUAUCUUGUAAGUCUUUAUGUAAGCUUAAAAUUUUCAGUUCCUUUUACAUUCUAUUUAGAAGAGUCUCCUGUGGAAUAGGUUUAGCUGCCUUUGCCCCCGGUUCUUGAGUUCAAAGCGCAGUUCACUGCCAGCAAUCCUUGAAACUGUCUCUGGUUAUUUGGAGAAUGGAUAUGUAGUUAUAAUAGAAGUCAAUAUAUGUAAGGUUCUUAUCAGAAAUUAUUUAGUAUGAGCAAGUAGUAAGUGUACUUCUCUAUCAGAUCUUUCCUAGGGUAUGCAGGUGCCUACUGGUUAAAGUCUUAGCUUGUUGCUUCUGUGAAAUAGUCUACCGAUAUAAAAUGCAAUAUGCCUUUCUGCUUUUA